AUGUAUUUAAACAAAAGGAAAGUCGGAGAAAAAUCCAUUAGACCUUCUCAACCAAAUGAUGAUAAGAAAGCUAUGUACUCUGCAUUGGGAAUCUUAGAUAGCAAUUAUCCAAGAGCUGACAUGAGCCAGAACGCAGAAGAUUUCUCUUUUGCAGGACAUAAAAACAAGCAGAUCAUUCCUUCUGCAACAGGAAGUGUGCUCGAUGGUGGUCAUGUUAAUGGAGGAAGCAACUCUGCUCGUGGAAUUGAAAGUGACACAAAAAGCAACGAAGCGGAUAGUCGCUUUAGGGAACACGACAACAUGAGCCAGAAUAGUAACGACUCUGAAAGUUACAUGGAAAUGAAUGUUGUCAAAACUGGGAGUUUUGAGAACCAUGCCCGUUCUUUACCAACAGCUGAAGACAUCCAAAGUCAGCUCGUCAUGGCUCAAGGGAGCAACGAAGAAGCAUUUAAGGAAGAACUUUUGCGCUUGUUUGAGGUGUAUUUCAAAACCAAAAUGGAGGAACGUAUGCAUGGUUUUCGAAGCAGGCAAAUGGAGUGGGAAGAAGCUUCUAGAACAGAGAAAGAGAGACUUGGGAGUAAACUGGCCAAAGAGAAGGUGGAUAUGCAGAGGCAAUUUGCUGAUGCGAUAUCCAAACUAACGCAUUCAUUCAGCGAGGAAAGAAAUCAUAUUGAGCAGUGCUACGAAGAUCAGGUGAAACAUCUUAAAGAUAAGCUUUCACUGGAACAAAAGCGAGUUGAUGGGAAAUUUGAAAAAGAGAGAGUAGAGCUCAAGGAAAAGCUUGAAGCAGAAUAUCAAGUAAUGUUGACGAAGGAAGUGAUGUAUGAAAAACAAGAAGGACUGCGGGAAAGAUCAGAAAUGAAGGCAAGGUUUAACAAAGAGAAAUUUGAGCUCGAAAAGAACUUCAACCAACAGUUGACUGAAGCUGAGACAAGUUUGCAAAAGGUUCGGAGUGAAUUGAAGGAAAGUAUGCGGAUGGAAAAGGAAAGUCAGGAAAGAGCAGUAGAAGUUGAAAUGAAGCUGAAGGAAGAGAGACGGCAGAGAUUAGAAGUGGAAAGCGAACUUGAGCAAGUGAAGGAGAAAUAUUCCAACAUAGAGGCCCAAAACGAAAAGGAAAAUGAACAACUUAGAGGCAAAAUCGAUGUACUUCGAGAGGAAAUUAAGGGUAAAAACAUCGAAAUAAAAAGGCUUCAAGAAGCGAAUCAAGAGAGUAACACCAAGAUACGAGCCUUAACUCGUCACCUUCAAAAACGAGUAAAGAGGAACAGUGAAGUUAGUGUUAAGAGUCAAGAAUCCGCAGAAGGAAAAGACAGCGAAGACAGAUCUAGUGCAAACACUGCUCAAUCAAGUGCAUGGAAUCAACAGGGAAGCGCGAGGGCGUUGGCUUCUCCUACUUUGGAAACUGAUAAGAUGAUUAAAGUCUACGACUCUAAGUUGCGUUUGACUCCUGACGAGCGUAAAAGAAUUUUGGUUUAUGUCACUUUCGAGAAACAACCUGAUCAAGGUGUCUAUAGGAUUUUAAACGCUAUACUGCCAAAACAGCCUGUUUCUUCCACCGUUCGCGUUUUGAUGACCUCUGAUGAUGGAAAAGAAGAGGAAGUUAGUAGUGAACAGUGAUACCAUGUGUCAUUACAAGUGGACAGUGCUUGGAUGUCUGCUGGGCUCGUUUCCAGAGCCACACCUCCAUAUGAUAUCAGAGCUCCAUUAUACGAGCUAGUUUAUGUCUCGUGUAACAGUUCUACUUACAAUUCUGACAAUGUAUAAUAUUAACUGGUACUGCUGAAAGUUGUUAUUUCUUGGCGAGCACUCGCUUGUUUACUGAAUCAUUCAGCUAGGCUUAACAUUUUACAUCCUACAUAAUGUGAGUUCUUGAAGACAAAGAUUUUAAAGGUGUAAAUGAAAAAAUAGUUAUACUUAGAAUAUAGAGAGAACAGAUAUGUGUCACUUCACGGAAAGUUUGUGGUGAAUGACUGUGGAAGACACUUCCUGAGCUAGGUAAGCUUCUUUCACAACAUACGUAGGUAUGUCUAUCGAUAUACAUCAAACUUUUAAAACUCAACUGUGACAAACGGAGUAUUCUUGUUAUGAUAA